AUGCCUGGGUUUGGAUAUGGUUCAUUUAAUGCACUAAGGUCUUUCUUGUCAGGGGUCCGCAAAGGCUCUGGAAGACUGAAGUCACUUGGACAGUCACUUGCUUCUGGUGCUCCUAAGAGAGCUUUUGCGGAAGAUCUUAAAUCAUAUAAGAGAACUAUAUUUGAUCCCCAGGACAAAAUUCUUUUUCGAAUGAACUGGGUAUUCUUCUCGUCUUGUCUUUUUGCUGUUGCAGUGGAUCCACUAUUCUUCUUUCUACCCAUCAUCAACGAUUCAAACUGCAUUGGUAUAGAUAAAAAGUUGGCAGUGACAUCAACAAUAGUACGGACGGUUAUUGAUUUUGUCUACCUUAUACGUGUGUGUCUUCAAUUCCGCACUGCUUAUGUUGCCCCGUCUUCACGAGUGUUUGGGACUGGCGAGCUUGUGAUUGAUCCAAUGCUAAUUGCAAAGCGAUACAUUAAAAGUUACUUUGCAAUGGACUUUGUUGCAUUGCUACCACUUCCACAGAUUGUUGUUUGGAGAUAUCUCAACAUUCCAGAUGGCCCAGAUGUACUGACUACAAAAACUGCACUGGUUUGGGUUGUUUUGAUUCAGUACAUUCCAAGGUUGUUUCGAAUAUUCCCUGUGACCACAGAUUUGAAAAGGACAGCUGGUGUUUUUAUUGAAGCUGCUUGGGCUGGUGCUGCUUAUUAUCUUCUAUGGUUUAUGCUGGCUGGGCAUAAUGUCGGUACUUUAUGGUACUUUUUAACCAUAGAACGUGAAGAUGAUUGCUGGCAUCUGUACUGUGAUCCCAACGUUGGAUGUAAUAGCAGCUACUUGUAUUGCAAUAAUAAUCAUCAUGGCAGCUAUGAUAGUUGGCUUAAGACUAAUGGUGCCCAAGUAUUCAACAUGUGCAAUGGUAGUCAAGAUAAUUUCAACUUUGGCAUUUAUGAGCAAGCACUGGUCUCCAGAAUACUUGGUCCAGGAAAUUUCAUCUCAAAGUUAUGUUAUUGCUUCUGGUGGGGAUUGCAAAAUCUAAGUACACUUGGUCAAGGGCUUUUGACAAGCACAUACACUCUAGAAGUGAUAUUCUCUAUAGCAAUAUGUGUCCUUGGACUAAUUCUUUUUGCUCUCCUCAUUGGUAACAUGCAGAGCUACCUACAAUCUGUUGCUAUACGCCUUGAAGAGAUGAGAGUUAAGAAACGUGAUGCUGAGCAGUGGAUGCAUCACCGUUCACUGCCACCGGAAAUCAGACAUCGGGUGAGGAAGUAUGAACGUUAUCGGUGGUUGGAAACCAGGGGAGUAGAUGAAGAAAGUUUGGUUCAAACUCUUCCGAAAGAUCUUAGGAGGGAUAUCAAGCGUCAUCUUUGUUUGGGCUUAGUGAAAAGGGUGCCUUUGUUUGAAAAUAUGGAUGAACGAUUAUUGGAUGCAAUAUGUGAGCGGUUAAGACCUGCACUUUACACAGAAAAUGAAUUCAUUUUGAGAGAAGGUGAUCCAGUGGAUGAGAUGCAUUUUAUUCUUCAUGGUUGUUUGGAGAGUGUAACCACUGAUGGUGGACGGAGUGGAUUCUUUAACAAGGUCCAGCUAAAGGAAGGAUCAUUCUGUGGUGAUGAAUUGCUCACUUGGGCAUUGGAUCCCAAAUCAGCUGCUAAUUUUCCAGUUUCGAGCAGGACUGUCAAGGCACUCACCGAGGUUGAGGCGUUUGCCCUAUGUGCAGAAGAGCUGAAAUUCGUGGCCAGUCAGUUCAGGAGGCUGCACAGCAGGCAAGUACAGCACACAUUCCGAUUCUAUUCCCAGCAAUGGAGGACCUGGGCAGCCUGCUUCAUCCAAGUGGCAUGGCGCCGCUAUUACAAGAGGAAGAUGGCAGAGCAGCGGCGUAAAGAAGAAGAGGCGGCAAGCCGGCCAAGUAGUAGCCACCCUAGCCUUGGGGCGACUAUCUACGCAUCUCGUUUCGCGGCCAACGCCAUGCGAGGGGUUCACAGGCUAAGAAGCAAGGCUGUCCCUACCAUUGUCAGGCUACCGAAACCCCCAGAACCAGAUUUUGACGCUGUCCCUCUACGCCAACGACUGGCGCCGGGCGCUCGACUUCUUCCACUGGUCCGCCUCCCCCGGCGGCGCCAACCUGCCCCCGACCGCUGCCACGCUCGCCCGCGCCGUCGACAUCCUCGGCAAGCACUUCGAGUUCCCGGGGACCCCGCCUCCCUCCUCUCCCACCACGAUCCCGGGGACCCCGCCUUCCUCCGCCCCGCCGCCGCCAACCUCGUCGAUGACGCCCUCCGCGCGUUCGACUCCACCGCCGCCUCCAUCGGCCUCCGCGACGAGGCCUCCUUCCACCUCCUCGUCGACGCGCUCUGCGACCACCGCCGCGUCAACGAGGCCGAACACCUAUGCUUCGGCAAGGACCCGCCGCCGUUCCCGCCGGGCACGAAGACCCACAACCUGCUCCUCCGUGGGUGGGCUAAGACCCGCGCCUGGGUGCGUCUGCGGCAGCUGUGGUUCGACAUGGACCGCUGCGGCGUUGCAAAGGACCUCCAUUCCUACUCGAUAUACAUGGAUGCCCUUGCUAAGUCAGGCAAACCGUGGAAGGCCUUCAAGAUUUUCAAGGAGAUGAAGCAGAAAGGCGUUCGAAUCGAUACCGUUGCUUACAACACUGCGAUCCAUGCGGUUGGGCUCGCACAGGGCGUCGACUCUGCUGUAAGGUUGUACAGACAGAUGGUUGAUGCUGGUUGCAAGCCGAAUACUGCCACUUACAAUGCGAUUGUCAAGUUAUUCUGCAAGGAGGGUAGGCUCAAGGAAGGGUAUGCGUUUGUUCAGCAGAUGCUCAAAACUGGCUGCAAGCCCGACGUGCUCACAUACCAUUGCUUUUUCCAGUAUUUGAGCCGUCCACAGGAGGUCCUCGGACUGUUUGAGAAAAUGCUUGAGAGGGGUUGUCAGCCAAGGAUGGACACAUAUGUCAUGCUUAUUAAGAGGUUUGGGCGUUGGGGGUUCCUUCGGCCAGUGUUCAUUGUGUGGAAGGCAAUGGAAGAGCAGGGUCUUAGCCCGGAUGCAUUUGCAUACAAUGCACUUAAUGAUGCAUUACUGCAAAAGGGUAUGGUGGAUUUGGCUAGGAAGUAUGAUGAGGAAAUGCUUGCGAAGGGACUCUCACCUAAACCAAGGAAAGAGCUAGGGACUAAGUUACUAGAAGCAGAGUCUGAAAGUGAUAACGCAUUAAACGGUGUGCUUUGA